AUGAAAACACAAAAUUGGAGAGAAUUGCCUUUAAGCGAUUCUGUACUUAAAACUAUUGAAGAAUUAAAAUUUACUUAUAUGACACCUGUGCAGGCAGCUUCUAUACCAUUAUUAUUAAAAGGAAAAGAUGUUGCAGCAGAAGCAGUAACAGGGAGUGGAAAAACAAUUGCUUUUUUAGUUCCAUUGUUAGAAAUAUUACAGAAAAGAAAAGAAAAGUGGAAACCUACAGAAAUUGGAGGAAUAAUAAUUAGUCCUACAAGAGAAUUAGCUAUACAAAUAAAUGAAGUUUUACAAAAGUUUUUAAACAAUAUACCAAAUUUAAAACAAAUAUUACUUGUCGGUGGUACAACAAUUGCAGAAGAUGCAGACAGACUUAAAGCAGGAGCAAAUAUUAUUGUAGCUACACCUGGUAGAUUAGAAGAUAUAUUAUCUAAUUGUAAAAUCAUAAACUUAGCAGGAUAUGUAAAAUCUUUGGAAAUAUUGAUCUUAGAUGAAGCUGAUAGAUUAUUAGAUCUAGGUUUUUCUACAGUAUUAGAUACAAUUUUACUUUAUUUACCACGUCUUAGAAGAACAGGUUUAUUUUCUGCAACUCAAACAAAAGAAUUACAACAAUUAAUAAGAGCUGGACUUAGAAAUCCAUCUUUGAUAACUGUUAAAGAAAAACCAAAUAUUUCUACACCAUCAAAUUUAAAAAAUAAUUUUGUUAUUGUAAAUACUGAAUACAAAUUUUCUACAAUGAUAGAUUUUAUUCAGCAUGAAGGAACUAAUUUAAAAUAUAUGAUUUUUUUAUCUACUUGUGCAUGUGUUGAUUAUUUUAAUCAUAUUGUACAAGCAAUGUUACCAUCUGUACAAGUAUUUGCAAUUCAUGGUAAAAUGAAAAAUAAGCGAUAUAAAAUAUUUAAUGAAUUCCGAAACAUCAAAAAUGGUAUUUUAAUUUGCACAGAUGUAAUGGCUCGUGGUAUUGAUAUUUUAGAAGUGGAUUGGGUAUUACAAUAUGAUCCUCCUUGUUCAGCUAGUAAUUUCAUUCAUAGAUGUGGUAGAACUGCUAGGAUAGGUAAUGAAGGAAAUGCAUUAUUAUUCCUCUUAGAAACAGAAGAUGCAUAUGUAGACUUUAUUAAAAGAAAUCAAAAAGUAGAAAUACAACAAAUAGUUUUAGAAUCAUCCAUAAUUUCAUAUGAAAAGUGUUUAAAAUGUAUGAGAGAUUUACAAAAACAAGAUCGAUUUCUUUUCGAUAAGGCUAAUAGAGCAUUUGUAUCAUAUAUCCAAGCAUAUAAUAAACAUGAGUGUAAUUUAAUAUUAAGAUUGAAAGAUAUUGAUUUAGGAAAGCUUGCAAUGAGUUUUGGUUUAUUGCGAAUGCCUCGUAUGCCAGAACUUAAAGGAAAAGAUACAUCGAGUUUUGGAGAAGAACAUGUUGAUAUCAAUUCCAUUGCAUAUUCAGACAAACAAAAAGAAAAAAGUCGCUUAGAAAAGUUAAAAAUUUUUCAAGACACUGGAACAUGGCCUAAGAUACAUAAAAAUAAACGCAAACAAACAGAACCAUGGUCUGAAGCUAAAAAAAAAAAAUUAGAAAGACAAGAAAAUCGUAAAAAAAGAAAAGAAAAAAAACUAAAACAAAAAAUGUUAGUAAACUCAGCAAAAAAACAAAAAAGAAAGAUAAAUGAACAAGAUAUUGAAGAUCUAGCAAAAGAUAUAGCAUUAAUUAAGAAAUUAAAAAAAAAGAAGAUUUCUCAAGAAGAAUUUGAUACUGCUUUUGGAAUUGAUUAAAAAAUUUAAAUUAAAUAAAUAGAUAGAUAAUUA